AUGACUACCCUCAAACAAGUCCUCAUCACCAUUGCCGCCGCCGCGGUCAGCGUCCACGCCAGUCCGCUGUCCGCCGAUUCCACCGCAACUGCCAUCAUCGGCGGCCCAGAGCCUGCUGUGACCGAGGUUUCGAAGCCGCUUAAAGGAAAGGAGCUUGAAGACUUCGUCCCAUACACCCCCGAGGGAGCCAUAGACGUCACCAACACGACACUAGGCUUCGAGUUAGUUAAGUUCAUCGACGCUCAUCCCGAUGCCAACGGCUUGACCAAAAGGAGCGGCCCCUGCGGCCAGGGUGAUUGCCCCGAUUUCAACGCUGCCUUCGACUUCUUCUCACAGCGCUACGUGAAUGCCGUGAACGGCGGCGCCGUAGUAACUUGGGGCUACUAUGGCCGCUGGAACGACUGUGGCCAGUGCGGAAGGAUCCAGAUCAGCGGCGAUGGAUGCUUCGACUUCACUUCGUGCGGCCGCAAGCAGAGCAUCUGCGUCGACACCGGCCACGCCAGAGCCCACCGUAUCUGGCAUGACGUCGGCCACAAAACAUGCUACAACGCUGCUCGGGCAGAUCUCGGUAACUGCGGCGUCGUUCUCACGAACUCCAUAAUCUGGUACCCGACCGGGGAGACUGUGUGCAACUGGUAG